AGUGUGAUGGAGGUGGUGGAGGUUGUUGGUGUUGGAGAGGUGGAGGUGCGGCCACAACUAGCCUCUCUCACGCUAGUAAUAUCCUCACAGAAAGCAACCAUUGAAGAAUGCAGAGCUUCCGUGGAGAAGCGGCGGCCAUAUGUUUACCAGACGCUACACAAUAAUAAAGCCAUAGAUGAAGAGGUGACUGAGACAGAGGUGGUGAAGGUUGGUGAGGCUGGAGGACUGGUGCUAAUUGUCAUUGUGACUGCUACCCUGCCUGCUGAUGCUGCCAGACAUGCUGCCAAUACUCUUGUUGAGAAACUGGCUAACAAUGUUACACUAAAAAAGUUAGUGUAUAGACACUCCUGGGCAUCACUAUCAGAGGCACGGGUACAAGCUGGGAGGAGAGCAGCAGAGGAGGCAAGGCAGCGGGCAGCAGACAUGGCAGCAGCAGUAGGUGGCAUGCUAGGACCAUGUCUCGCUGUGAAAGAGGAUGCUUGUACACAUGUUGCCAUUACUGAAGACAGGGCAGAGUCAUGGGUGAUCGACACAGCUCUCAAGCGGCAGGAGUUACAUGCCCAUAUACCUACUAUCAUCCAGAGUACCAUAAAGGCCAGCUUCUCUCUCUUGUCUUACGGUGUACCCAAGACAAAAAAAGCAUAAAAAUGUUUUCUAAAGAUUUUAUAAUAUGCGGCAAAAUAUUAGAUAACAAAUAGUAUAUAGGAGUAUCAGAAUAGUGAUAACUAGAGCAUAAUUUCUCUAAGAUUACCAUCCAUCCUAUCAUUUUACCUGCAACACUGAAACCUGUAGCUUCACAUUUUCAGUUGUAUAACUUUCAGUAGCUUUCAUUACAGAGAAAUCAUUAGCCAUCAUCAUUGUUCUAUCAUAUAAUAUUUACCUGAACAAUAGCAGUAACAAAUUAGUACCAUUCUUGUUUCUCUAAAGUCACUGUUUAAUUUUGCUGUAACCUUUUUCAUUGCUAAUAUUAUAUGCUCCUUAACCCUUUGAGGGUCGACAGGCCCUCUCAGAAACUCGUUCUCAGGGUCGGCCAAAUUUAAAAAAAAAAAAAUAAUUUUUUCUUAUGAAAAGAUAGAGAAUCUUUUCCCGAUCAUAAUGACACCAAAAUUAUGUGAUUUGAUGGAAAACUUACGGAAUUAUGCUCUCGCGAAGUUAGCGGUCACUGCGAUGUUUACGCAUCGGCGAUUUUGCCCAAUUUGAGCCCCAUUUUCGGCCAAUUCCUCUGUACUAGUUGACAAAAAACAUGAAUAUUUCGCUAGAACUACAUUUUUUCUAUUGAAUGAGUGCAAGAAACCACCCAUUUACCAUUUUCAACUAUCCAAUACAGUGGUCAGAAUUUAGCAAUUUUGCCAAUUUCACACAAAUUUCAAAAAAUGCCAAUUUCCGAAUAGGGUCCAGAACAAACAAGAAAUACAUUCCUGGCACUAAAAUGACAUUUCUUCUGUUCAUUAGUCACGUCUCAAGGCCCCUCUUACAUUCUUUUGCUUUCCACUUUGAAUUUUUAUUCUCACGAAAAAUAGAAGAUUUACUGUUAUGCAGACUACUGCAUUAGUGUAAAAAAUUAUAUAAAUCAUAUUGGCGCACUUGCAAAAGAAUGUUAGACUCACCAGUUGACGUGUAUUGGACGCUUGGCAUGAUUUGUUUACUUUUGAACUUUGGUAAAAAUCGAACAUUUCUCCUACUUUGAGCUCAAUUUCAAGGUACUUUUCUUUGUAAAACCAGUGAAAAUUAUCUCAAUUUCUGUGAUAUGCAUUCAAUUCUAUAAAAUGAGACCAAGAAAACUAGAAUACAACAAUAAAUACCAUGCGAAAAUACAGAGCAAAGUCGCUGUUUUAUGCCAAAAAACGGUGAAAGUUUUUUUUUCUCAUUAUGCACUGUGUGCUGCAGGAUUUUUUUUAUACUGUGCACACUGACCACAUAGACCCAUUCUUUCAUAUGGAGGCCUACCAGCCUUUUCCCGUGAGAUUAGACGGCGCUAGAAUUUAUGCGUACUAGUACGUCAAAAACCCCUGCGCGUAAGACGUACUAGUACGUCCGAAACCCUCAAAGGGUUAAAUUCCAUUUAUGUAUUUACUACAGUAGGGCCCCACUUAUACAGCAGGUUAGGUUCCAGGCUACUGCUGGAAAGCAGACAUCACCAGAAAGCAGAACGCCAUUUUUUUGCACUUAUAAAUGCAUAUAAAUGCCAGAUAACAAAUUUACACUAACAUAUACAGUGGACCCUCUGUUUUCGUUAACCUCUGAUUUCGUGAUUUUCGGUUAUCACCGAUCACCGACUUUUUUUUUGUUAAUUCUCUUUGGUUUCGUUGGUCAUACAGAACACGUCCGAGUGCCUGCGCACACAUAAAGCCUCCCACACACCAUCCUGAGUUGGUGUGGCAUUGUUUCUCGGCGAGUGAACAUUACCAUGCGAGGUCAUACAAAACAUUUCAUAAUAAUACAUAAUUUUUUGCACUUGUUUAUUGUGUAUGACUGCUAAAUAAGCCACCAUAAGUUAGACAGUCCUAAAUGAAGCACUGACUUUCUUGGGUUAUCCUGGGUGGCUAACCCUCUGGGGUUAAAAAUCUGAACAAAAUCUUAUCUUACCAUGGGCCCAAAGAAAGCUUCUAGUGCCAGCCCUUUGGUAAAGAAGGUGAGAAACACGAUAGAAUUCAAGAAAGAACUCUUAGAAAAACAUGAAAGUGGCAUACGUGUGGUGGACCUCGCCAGGAUGUAAGGAAAGCCUGCAUUAAUGAUCAGUUCCUUUGUGGUAAAGAAACAAGAAAUAAAGGAAGCUGAUGUUGAAAAAGGGUAAAUGUGCUAACGAAACAGAGAUCAUGGGCAAUCGAAGAUGUGGAGAAAUUGUUGGUAUGGCUCAACCAAAAACAAUUAGUGGGAGAUAGUGUUAUGCAGUCGAUAAUUUACAAAAAGGUAAGGCAGUUGCAUGGGGAUCUCAUAAAGAAAAUGCCUGGAACGAGUACUGCUGCUAGUGAAUUUAAGGCCAGCAAAGGCUAGUUCAAAAAUUUCAAGAAGCGUAGUGGCAUACACAGUGUUGUAAGGCAUGGUGAGGCUGCAAGUUCAGACAAAUGUGUGGCUCAAAAAUUUGUGCAUAAAUUCAAAGAGUACAUAGAGGCUGAAGGAGUCGUCCCCCAACAAGUGUUCAGUUGUGACGAAACAGGCCUCUUUUGGAAGAAAAUGCCGAAGAGGACCUACAUCACGCAGGAGGAAAAGGCACUGCCAGGACACAAGCCUAUGAAAGACAGGCUAACUCUCUUGUUCUGUGGUAAUGCUAAUGGGGUUUCAAAGUGAAGCCUUUACUGGUGUAUCACUGAAAAUCCCAGUGUGUUUAAGAAAAACAAUUUUGUCAAGACUUAAUUGUGUGUGAUGGGUCAUGAGGCAUAUUUUCCUUGAUUGGUUCAAUGAAGUGUUUGGCCCAAGUGUGAAGAAAUACCUCCUGGAUAAUCAGUUGCCACUCAAGUGCCUCCUGGUAAUGGACAAUGCUCCUGCUCAUCCUCCAGACUUGGAUGACCAAUUGUUGGAGGAGUUUAGUUUCAUCACAGUGAAAUUCUUGCCCCCUAAUACCACUCCUCUCAACCAGCCCAUGGACCAGCAGACCAUUUCUGACUUAAAAAACUCUACACCAAAGCAGUGUUUCAAAGGUGCUUUGACAUGACCUCAGACACUGAAUUGACCCCAAGAGAGUUCUGGAGGGAUCACUUCAAUAUCCUCAGUUGCAUAACCCUUAUUGAUGAGGCUUGGCAGGGCGUGACUUUCAGGACGAUAAACUCUGCUUGGAGAAAAUUGUGGCCAGAAAGUGUCCAAGACAAAGAUUUUGAAGGGUUUGGGGCUGACCCUGAUGACCCUUUACCUGUUGUGGAAUCUAUUGUGAUAUUGGGAAGUUCCAUGGGGUUGGAUGUGAGCUGGCUAGGAUGUGGAAGAGUUGGUGGAGAACCACAGUGAAGAGCUAACCACUGAAGAGCUGCAAGACCUUCAUCUGGAGCAGCAACAAACCACAGCUAAGGAAAUUGCUUCAGAGGAGGAGGAAGAGAGAGGGAAGUAGGUGCCUUCUUCAGUGAUUAAGGACAUUUGUGCAAAGUGGAGUGAGGUGCAAAUGUUUGUGGAGAACAUCACCCUAAGAAAGCGUCCAAUACACGUCAACUGGCGAGUCUAAUAUUCUUUCAUAAGUGCGUUGAUAUUAUUUAUACCAUUUCUACACUAAUGCAGUAGACUGAAUGACAGUAAAUCUUCUAUUUUUUGUGAGAAUAAAAAUUCAAAGUGGAAAGCAAAAGAAAUGUAACAGAGGCCUGGGGACAUGACUAAUGAACAGAGGAAAUGUUAUUUUAGUGCCAGGAAUGUCUGUCUUGUUUAUUUUGGACCCUAUUUGGAAAUUAGCAUCUUUUGAAAUUUGUGUGAAAUUGGCAAAAUUGCCAAUUUCUGACCACUAUAUUGGAUAGCUGAAAUUGGUAAAUGGGUGGUUUCUUGUACUCAUUCAAUAGAAAAAAAAUUGGGCUCAAAGUGGGGAAAAUCGUUGAUGCGUAAACGUCAAGACCGCUAACUUCACAAGAGCAUAAUUCCAUAAGUUUUAUAUCAAAUUUCUUACUUUUGGUGUAUUAUGAUAAGUUAAUGUUAAGCCUGCCCAUAAUGCUCUGCAUACAAGGGGCUUUGGCAUGUUGCACUUUAAUAACUGUAUUCCCUUGUACUUCUCUGUAUCAUGUUCAAAUUAAUAAAUAAAUAAAUAAAAGAUUCUCUAUCAUUUCAUAAGAAUUUUUUUUUUUUUUUUUUCCAAAAAAUUUCCAACCCUGAGAACAAGUUUAGGAGAGGGCCUGCUGACCCUGAAAGGGUUAAUAACAUAGAAACAUGAUAUAUACUCUAGAAUAAAUAUACAUAUGUCAUAAUGUAUGUGAGGAUAAGUGAUGGAAGUGUUGUUGGGUUUAUAAUGGCCAAUGAGAGAAGCCGUACAGGCUUCUGCCACCACCACUAUCCACAAACAAUAUAUGAACGUAAUUUAUAAAUAAGAAAUAUUUACAUUUUAAUUUAUAAAUAAGUAAGUUUAUUCAGGUAUACACUAAUACAGUUACAUACAUAGAUUAUUAUACUUAGCAGCAUGUGUGUAAAGUACCUAGGAUAACCCAGAAAAGUCAGAGUGAUUUACGUAUUUCCAUUGGGGUCCUUUUAUAUUUACACUUUUAUAUUUACACUUACCUUGGAGGAGAUGUUAGUUUAAUUAGUUUGAUGGAGGAGAUGCUGGCAGGGGUUUAGAGUGGUGGAAGGUACGUAGCAGGCCGGCGUAUGUUCAGCAGCCCGAUACACAUACAACAACAUUGGAGAGUUACUUUUGUGUCGUUUUUCUAUUGCUUACUUACUUGCUACACUAUUAAUUCUACACUUUAUCUCUGGCUGGCGCUAUAGCCUUUAUCGAUACCUGCUGUUGUAGUAUCGUACAUAUCGUAGAAUCAAUGAAUCACUGCAGAAGGCACAUUCACCCCUCUCUCUUCCUCCUCCACUUUGGUACUUUGCUACGAGUUUUUUCUUGAAUUUUAUUGUGUUUCCUUCUUUAUCAUAGGGCUGGCACUAGAAACUUUCUUUGGGCCCAUGGUGGCUUAUUUAGCAGUUACAAGCACUAAAAACAAUGGAAUAAUACAAAAUAUAUCACAUGUACGCGUGGAAUCGUCCUCCCUGGCUUGUAAACAAUGGCACACUACCUUGUACGUACAUGGGCUAAGGCCAUGAGGACAUGUUUGGGAUGAAUGUCCUUAACUGAAUUUUUCAUCGUUGGCUGAGCCAAUAUUUUUAGGCAAAAACACGAUAAAAUCGGUAUCCGAUUUUAUCGCUAUCAGAUGGCAUCGUUACCUAAGGGACCACUGUAAUCAUAAAGAAGCACUAAACCCACAAGGGUCGUGAAUAGCUAUAGAUAGAGUGAAGGCAUACAAAAGUAAUAAAUUUCUAGUUAAGUCACUGGUGUUUGACUAGAGAAAACGUAAUUCUUCCGACCCUCACACCAAGAGUAAUAGUAAACAGAGUAAAGUCCCAGGCAGCCAUGGCAAAAAGCUCUGUUCCACAGGGCACAGUGUUCUCUCCCAUUCUAUUCCUCAUCCUCAUUUCUGACAUAGACAGAGAUGUAAGUCAUGGCUCCAUGUCUUCCUUUGCUGAUGACACCCGAAUUACCAUGGCAGUGACCUCCAUCGAAGACACCGCGAGACUCCAAGCGGACAUCAACCAAAUCUUCAAAUGGGCCACUCACAACAAUAUAAAGUUCAACAAGGAGAAAUUUCAACUACUCAGAUAUGGGAAACUUGAGGAAAUUAAAAAUGUAUCAGGGUAUACGACAAAUUCUAACAUACAAUAGAGCAGAAAAGCAAUGUGAAAGACCUGGGAGUGAUAAUGUCAGAGGACCUCACCUUCAAAGACCACAACAGUGUAUCUACCUCAUCUGCUAGGAAAAUGGUAGGAUGGAUAAUGAGAACCUUCAAAACUAGGGAUGCCAAGCCCACGAUGAUUCUCUUCAAAUCGCUUGUGCUCUCUAGGCUGAAAUACUGCUGUACACUAACGGCCCCCUUCAAGGUUGGCAACAUUGCGGACCUGGAUACUAUCUUCGGCUAGUAUUUUUACUGCUGAAUUGUAUGCCAUUCUUGCAGCACUUAUCCGUAUUGCAUCUAUGCCUGUGUCAUCAUUUGUGGUUGUCUCAGACUUCCUUAGUGCUUUACAGGCUAUACAGAAAUUUGAUACACCUCACCCCUUAGUCCUCCGUAUCCAACUUUGGCUAUGCCGCAUCUUUACCAAGCAUAAAGAUAUUUUUUUUGUUGGGUCCCUGGUCAUGUUGACAUACAGGGCAAUGAACAGGCAGACACUGCUGCGCGGUCAGCAGUACAUGACCUACCAGUUUCAUAUAGAGGUAUUACAUUUACGGACUAUUUUGCUGCAAUAGCUACCCACCUUCACACCCGUUGGCAACAACGUUGGUCUACUAUGCUCGGUAACAAACUUCAAUCUAUUAAACCGAGUAUAGGUUACUGGCCGUCUUCUUGUCACCAGUGUCGAGGUUGGGAGACUACUCUCUCCCGUCUUCGCAUUGGCCAUACUCAUCUUACUCAUGGAUAUCUCAUGGAGAGGCGCCCUGCUCCUCUCUGUGAGAAUUGUCAGGUUCCAUUAUCAGUCAGCCACAUUCUGUUAGACUGCCCACUUUAUCAACGAGCACGCAGAAUUUACCUCCGUUGUCCUCUUCGCUCCGCUGCUCUCUCUUUACCUUCCCUUCUCACUGAUGGACCCACCUUUCAUCCGGACUCUCUCAUUGACUUUUUGACAACUGACUUACUUCACAAACUCUGAUACCUUCAGCCCUUUCUACCUCAAUCUCUUGCUACCCUCUACCCCCGCACUAUCCCCUGCCCCGCUGUUUUCUGUAACCUACUGAUCAUCCCUCCCCCCUUCUGCCACCCAAUACCCUCGCUUCCUUCCCUACCCUGCAGCGCUGUAUAGGCCUUGUGGCUUAGCGCUUCUUUUUGAUUAUAAUAAUAAUAAUGCGGACCUGGAGAGUGUACAAAGAACUUUCAUGGUACAUAUAUAAGCACGAUAAGGCACCUAAAUUACUGGGAACGGUUGAAGGUCCUUGAUCUGUAUUCCCUGGAACGCAGGCGAGAGAGAUACACGAUAAUAUACACUUGGAAGGUUCUGGAGGGAUUGGUACCAAACCUGCACACGAAAAUCACUCCCUAUGAAAGCAAAAGACUUGGCAGGAGAUGCAGCAUUCCCCCAAUGAAAAGCAGGGGCGCAACGAGUACACUGAGAGACAACACAAUAAGUAUCCGGGGUCAAAGACUGUUCAACUGCCUCCCAGCGUACAUAAGGGGGGAUUACCAAUAGACCCCUGGCUGUCUUUAAGAAGGCACUGAAUAGGCACCUAAAGUCAGUACCUGACCAACCGGGCUGUGGUUUGUACGUCAGCUUGCAUGCGGCCAGUAGUAACAGCCUGGUUGGUCAGACCCUGGUCCACUGUAAGGCCUGGUCUCAGACCGAGCUGCAGGGGCGUUGACCCUCGAAACCCUUCCCAGGUAAACCAACCGCUUGGUAAAAUAUCUUAUAUUUAUGUCAAUUUUUAUAUUGUGGAUAUAUGUAUCAUGUUUAUAUGUUACGUAGUGUGUUUAUUACAAAAUUUUGAAAAAAUAUCAUAGGUGGAUUAAUAGAAAUGUCUAUAUUAGCAUAAUAUACAACAUUUAAUGUGCCCAAGAGAUUACGUGCAUUAUUAUUAACAUGGCGUCAAGAGAAGAGACACUCUUAGUGAUUUUAAUGUGUACCUGCACUCCAGCACAGUGUGUAAGUAUAUUUAGGUACAGGUACACACAAUUAUAAUUAUCAGAGUACAUAUAAAAUUGUAGGUAGUAGGUUGGUAGACAGCAACCACCCAGGGAGGUCCUACCGUCCUGCCAAGUGAGUGUAAAAUGAAAGCCUGUAAUUGUUUUACACAAUGGUAGGAUUGUAAAUGAAUGGUUCAAAGAACCAACACGUUGUUAAAUUAGAAACGUGUCUAAUUUAACAACGUAUCGGUUCUUUGAACCAUUCAUCUACAAUCCUGUCAGACACUGCAACUUUUUGGGAUCUUAAUACUUGGGAAUUCUUCGCUUGCCUAACCCUUGCGCAUGACCUACUUCCACAUUGGACAAAUGUGACACCACCUUCGACUACUGCACCUCUCCUGCCAUACGGUUUAUAAGCUGCUUCUCCGCUCAUAUGCCGUAUUCUAUUCAAGAUUGAUGGACUGACCACAUCGACUCUAGGUUGAGGGACUGAUUACCUCAUUCUCCUCCUGUUCUUCAAGUUUAUCCUUUGUAUGGACUGAUGAAGCCACUGUGUGGCGAAACGUUUCCUCAAUAAAGAUACCCAAGAGUUGCACAUGUGUCUAAUUUAACAAUGGUAGGAUUGCCGGUGUCUGCACAUGUGUCUAAUUUAACAAUGGUAGGAUUGCUGGUGUCUUUUUUUCUGUCUCAUAAACAUGCAAGAUUUCAGAUACGUCUUGUUACUUCUACUUACACUUAGGUCACACUACACAUGCAUGUACAAGCAUAUGUAUACACACCCCUCUGGGGUUUCUCCUAUUUUUUUUUACUAGCUCUUGUCCUUGUUUAUUUCCUCUUAUCUCCACGGGGAAGUGGAACAGAAUUCUUCCUCCAUAAGCCAUGUGUGUUGUAAGAGGCGGCUAAAAUGCCAGGGGCAAGGGGCUAGUAACUCCUCUUUUAUAAAUUGCUGGGAAGCAAUUGAACAGUCUUGGGCCCCGGACACUUAUUGUGUUGUCUCUCAGUGUACUCGUGGCACCCCUGCUUUUCAUCUAGGGAAUGUUGCAUCUCCUGCCGAGUCUUUUGCUUUCACAUGGAGUGAUUUUCGUGUGCGGGUUUGGUACCAAUCCCUCCAGGACCUUCCAAGUGUACAGGUACCAUCCGACUUACGACCGAGUUCGGUUCUGACAAACCGGUCGUAAGUCAAAAUGGACGUACUGCAUUUUAUACUGUAAGGUUUAGGAUAAACACUGUGUACAACACAGUUGUUUAUUUCCCAGAAAUUUGGCAUAGAAAACACGGUCGUAAGUCGAAUGGUUGUAUAUCGAGCAGUUCGUAAGUCAGAUGGUAGGUGUAUAUUAUCAUGUAUCUUUUUCGCCUGCAUUCGAGGGAAUACAGAUCAAGGACCUUCAACCGUUCCCAGUAGUUUAGGUGCCUUAUCGCACUUAUCUUCCAUGGGGAAGUGGAACAGAAUUCUUCCUCCGUAAGCCAUGCGUGUUGUAAGAGGCGACUAAAAUGCCAGGAGCAAGGGGCUAGUAACCCCUUCUCCUGUAUAAAUUACUAAAUUUAAAAAGAGAAACUUUUGUUUUUCUUUUUGGGCCACCCUGCCUCGGUGGAAUACGGCCAGUGCGUUAAAAGAAAAGAAAGAUCGCACUUAUGUGUGCUGUGAAAGUUCUCUGUACACUCUCCAGGUCUGCAAUGUCGCCAGUCUUGAAGGGGGCCGUAGUAUACAGGUUUGUAUGUUCAGAAUAUUUGUUUAAAAACUAAUCCUUUCCUUUUUAACACUUAAACGGUCCAAACGUAUAUAUACGUUCAUACGCGUAGCGCCCCAAACGUAUAUAUAAGUUUUCUUUGUCAUUCAUUCAACAUUGCCACAAUAUGCCUGAGUCACCUAGACAUGAGAGAAUGGGUGUGCACACUCACUGUGCGCCAUAUUAAAAUAAUUGGGCAUGCCUGGGUACCAUAUUCUCUUUUUUCCUUUUAAAAGAAAAGAUUUUUUUUCCUCAAAAAAUUUGGGGCGCUACGCGAGUGAACAUAUAUAUACGUUUGGACCGUUUAAGGGUUAAGUGAUACUAGUACAUAAUUUAAUAAUUUAAAUUCAUCACAGUUCAAUUAUCACCAUACUUGCUUAAAAAUCUUAUCAGUGAAUGUUAAAAAAGAAAAUAAUAUCUAUGAUAAUAUGCUCAUGUGCAAAUAAAUUACUAAAUUAUGUUUAACACAGCUAGCUCCAAAAAACUAUUUUUAUAUAAUGUAAAAGUAUUGCAUUAAUUAUUAUAUGAUGAAAAUAACCCAACAUUGUCUUUGUCAACCAUUUUUUAAUAAAUUGCAAUUUGCUGCAAACAUUUGAAAUGAUUAUAUAUUCAUAUAAAUUAUGAUAAUGGAUUUACUUGACUCCUAGAAUAUGCACACAGCAUUGAGAGAUUUUUAGAUAUAUUCAAAGACUUGAAUAACAGCCAUUACACCUUACAAAUAAGCAUGUUCAGAACCACUCAUGGCUGAGUGGUUCUAGACAUCCAUAUUUAGUUCUCUGGCUAGGUUUAUAUCCAGCUCAUGCAGAUACAAAUAUAUCAUUUGUAAAAUCUACUGUUAUUCAAAUUUUUGAACAAACCAUAAAUUUCAUAUGGUGUGGAUGUCUCAGGAGUCAAUGAAAUAUUCUUACAUUCAUCCAGAGUGCCUUGAAAUUUGAACAAGUAUACUUCAAGAAUAACUGAUAUGGUGUGGGUUUAUAUCCAGGACAUAGUGAAGUACAAUAUGAUGUUUCAUCAUGUAUACUUGUUUGAUCCUAACAAAGAUGAUCAUAAGAAUGAUUCAGUAGGGUCAUCGCUGAACCUCUUAGUUCAUCUCUAUGCAUUUGCUAAUGAAGCUUGUUUUGCACCAGUAGGCCUCAGCUCCUAGGGAGUAGGCUUCACAUCCAUGCAAACAAGAAUGAAGAGUACAUGGGUGUCCAUGCACAACCAGUACAUGGGAGCAGUACUUGGUUAGUUGCCAGUGCAUCCCAAUGCAUUGAUAAAGUCUAUAAUUCCUAUUCUCCAAGAAAAAAUUUCAGAGGGGUUAGUAGAAAAUUGCAAUUACUAAACUAUUCUAACACAUCAGACCUUUGAAAGGCAAAAAUGGUCAAUAACUUAUUAUGAUGAAAUCUUUUUGUACUUGCAAAAUAUCAACUUGAAAGUAAAUUUUAUAGUACUUUACAGUAAAUUAAGUAACCCUUCUAAAACUGUCAUAUCUGAGUGCCUCUGCAAAGACAGUGAUUAUGUAUGAGUGCAGUGAAAGUGUUGAAUGAUGAAAGUAUUUUUC